AUGGCCAUCUCUGUUCCCAACUCCUGUAGCCCGACGCGGCCGGCUUUUCUGGACGACAAAGGCGGAAAUCCGCCAAAGCAGAGCAUGUGGCACCGGUUGGGUUUGCGAAAAUUAUGGCAGGGCCGCGACGAUCAUCGAGACACGUCUGCCGGGGAGAGUCAAGACGAGAUUUCUCCCCGCCCUUCUUCUGACAACUCCCGCGCCAAACAAGACAACUUGACACGUCGACUCUCACGAAAAGUUGGCGUCGGUCUACCACGAACUACCCCCUUUAAGCGACAGAGCUCCGAUCUCGAGCGACUGGCUCCUCGGGAACCCGAUCUCCGCCGUGCCCUCUCCGCCGACCGUCGUCCUUUAAGUUCCCAGAGAAGCAGGUCUCCACCGCCAACCGUGGGCCCCAGACAGUCCGCGCCCGAGGUUCAGUGGCUCGGCCCGGCGCCCACAACCACGGUCGACGACGCCCCCGAACCAGAAUCCGAAACGAACGAUGCCCACGAGAGCAACGAUAUCUCCGAAACCUCGAACCCCUAUCCCGAAAUGACGACGGGUAAUUUCGAUGCACCAGAGGAGGAAGAGGAUGAUCACACAAUCGACUUGGAUAUGGAGCUGGAACAACGGUGGAUUUUGAACCUGAGUAUGCACUUCCGAGAUGGGUCAGAGCGGGAGAAAUUCUUCGUGACGUACGCGGAGACACCGAACCGAUGGCGCCGAGUGACGAUUUCCUGCGAUUACCAAGAUGCGCCACCCUAUUCACUGGAGCGGGAACUGAAGGAGCUGCGGUAUCAGCGCGACAAGUGUGCACGGAUCUACGAAUCCAUUCGCGAGUCCCUUCUUGCGAUCCAAUUCUAUGAAGGUGUCACGAAUCUCAGGCUCGAGACGAGCGAUGGCCGCUUACACGUUCAUGUGACGGAGGACGUAAACGAAACAAUCCCAUACCCGCCCAUCUCCAGUAUCAGGCAUUUGGUCAACGCGCCUAUCAUCCCCGAAGAUUCACUGCACUUCGAAUCUCAUUUAUCCGGCUUUGUUUACAAAAUAAACCUGGACGGACGUUUUUAUAUCAAGAAGGAAAUACCUGGUCCCGACACCGUGGACGAGUUUCUCUACGAGAUUAACGCUUUGCAUGCGCUGAAAGACCGCCCAAGCGUGAUCCAGGUGGAAGGAAUCGUGAUCGAUGAAUGGCAAGGCGUCGUCAAGGGCUUGCUAAUUAGCUAUGCAGAAAAGGGCGCACUGGUUGACAUUUUGUACGAGCAACGCGGAAGAACGAGCUUUGCACGACGCGAGAGAUGGGCAAAACAGAUUGUCCAGGGCCUCUGCGAGAUCCACGAAUCGGGCUACGUGCAGGGCGAUUUCACACUUGCGAACAUUGUGGUGGAUGCAGACGACAAUGCCAAAAUUAUUGACAUCAACCGCAGAGGAUGCCCAGUGGGGUGGGAGCCUCCAGAAAUUGCCGCUAAGAUCGAGAGCAACCAGCGCAUCUCCAUGUACAUUGGCGUCAAAACCGAUCUCUUCCAACUGGGUAUGACGCUGUGGGCAUUGGCGAUGGAGGAGGACGAACCUGAACGACAACCGCGGCCUCUUCGACUAGGUGAUGACGCAAAAAUUCCAGACUACUACAGACGGAUAGUGGACAUAUGUUUGAGCCCGACUCCGCGACAUAGGCUCUCGGCAAAGGAUCUUCUCUCCAUGUUUCCCCCACUACCGGAAGCACGGGUAUCAACACCUGUUCGGUCACUGGAGACCAUUGCCAAUGAUUCUAGGCAUUUGCCAAUUAGCAACUGGGUUCAGCCUCAGCCUUCUGGGCUUGGACUGACAUCGCCAGGGGGUAUGAUACAGCAAGAUGACCAAUAUUACCCCCAAAAGGAGUUUUCGGGAAAUUCCUAUGGUGAUCUGCAACACCCCAUAUUCUCUGAAUCCCACGACCUCGUCAAGCGCUCAACAAUUACUCUCGCAGAAUCCAAUGAAGACAUGGGAUUCCCAUCUAAGCCAUCUUCAUCCUCUACUUUGAAUCACCACGAACCUCACAACCAUGACGAGUACAUGGACUUUUCCCGCCAUUUUGAUGAUGGCUCGUCACCCUACGUACCCUCGGACAGUCAGGAACCAGAAGCUACUCCAGUUUAUCAGACCCAAUCAAUGGGAAAUGGCUUCCACAACCACCCAGUGGGGCCACCAGCCUUCUCCGAUGAACCCGUCUCUCUCGAAACUGCCCCCAUGAGUAAUCAGCAAGAGACAACCAAUGAGCCGAUCUAUAACAAUUCCGUUGCUUUGCCUAGCUCUGAAAUCACCGCGCCUCUACUCCCGCCCCCAGUCAGCACAUCUCUUGUUGAGUCGCAGAAUCAGGAGGCUCGGAAUCGACCAUGUCCAAAGCCCGCCAAUGACGAGGGUGACCUCGAAACCUCAGCUUUGCCCAUCAACCCUACUUUGCGCGACUCUGGUACAUCAAAUGACACCCUGGCCAUUCCUUUUUCGACAAUCCCAUCUUCAAUUAAGCAUACAAAGCAGGAAGUUGUGGACCAGUCAUGUGCAAAGGCCACCGAUGACAAGGGUGAUCUUGAAUCCUCAUCUUUGCCCCUCAGCCCUACUUUCCGUGACUCUGAGAGUUUGUUUGGCCUUCAAAACGCCCCCCAAUCGGUAAAAGCUUCUCCUAUUGAGCCGCCAAAGCAGAAAUGUGCGGAUUUACCAUGCGCAAGUGUCGAAACCAAACCUAAAUUUACUGAGCCAUCGCCCUCAUCAUCAUGUCUGUCCCUCUCGGAACUACCUAUCAACCCUACCUUCCGUUCUUCUGGAACUUCCAUCGGUGCUCUGGGUACCACUUCAUUGCCGACCUCUUUGUCUGUUAAACCGUCAAUACAGGAUAACGUGGAUCAACCACGUGCACAGGCUACCACAUAUAUCAAGCCCAAACUCACAACACCAUCAGGCUCAACAUUAUCCCAGCCUAUCCCGACAUCCCCCAUCAAUCCUACCCUAAUUCGUUCUAGGCCUUCGCUCGAGCUUCCGAACGCCGCUCGAUCAGUGAAAUCUUCUCCUAUCGAGCCACCAAAGCAGACCCAUGCGACUUCAUCAUACGCAAACACAGGCAUUAAACCCAAAUUUACUGAGCCAUCGCCCUCAACAUCAACUCUGGCGCGCUCGGAAUUGCCCAUCAGUCCAAUGUUCCAUUCUUCCGAGGCCUCCAUUAACACUAUACGUGCCCCCUCAUCACAGGGUCCUUCUCGUAUUGAAUCGCCAAAGUCGGAACAGGCGAUUACGCCACGUGAGAACGACAUCACACCCACAUCAUCUGCAACUCCAUCUCGAUUUUCUUCAAUGCACAUUUCGAGCCUCCGUCACACUGGGGCAUCCAUUGGCUCUCUGGGUACGCCAUUUGCAACAAGUCCAUCUGUUGUUGGAAUUGGACUGCUAAGGCGGCCAUGGGAAAAACCAUCUGCAAAUAAUCCAGAUGUCAAACCCGCAUUGACAAUGCCACCAGAGCCAGCCUCAUCCCUCGGGAACCCUCAACCAGAGACUGCCAUUUCGCCGGCUAAAACAAACCCCAUCGAACCGCGGGGGAAUGGACCUUCAGGCCAAUCCAGCGCAAACACAGCUGAUAUCAAACCUAUACGAGCAAAUCCACUGAACUCCGACUCAAAUUUGCUGGGUUCAAAGUUGCCCAUCAGCCCUGCUCAUCAAAGUGCGAAACCUAGUUCCACUUAUGCCGAAGUUGAGAUGGCACGCCCUCUUCAAGGCCCACCUUCAAGUCAGGCUAAACCGAGCAUUUCGAGCCAGGCUCGCUUUUCUUCGAAUUGA